AUCAGUAUGCAGUACGUACGCGUGACAGACGAUGAGAACGACGAGCCCAUCGAGCUCCCGACGGAAGACGACGGCACGAUGCUCCUGUCCACUAUCAUGGCGCAGUUUCCCGGUGCCUGCGGACUCAAGUUCCGCAACCCGGAGACGCAGACGAUGAGAGGGAUUCGCCUGGUGGACGGGAUUCUGCACCCACCUGAGGGGGUCUGGGGAUCACAUCUCUUUAUUGUCGUCUUCCCCAAAGACAACAAGAGAAAGAUCGACGAGAGUCCAGAGAACAACCUGGUGAAACGGCCGCGGGAGAAACUGAAGUGCAGCGACCUGAUUGUGCUGGGUCUGCCCUGGAAAACCACCGAACAGGAACUGAGGGAGUACAUGGAGCAGUAUGGGGAGGUUCUCAUGGUCCAGAUAAAGAAAGACCCGAAGACGGGAAACUCGAAGGGGUUCGGUUUUGUCCGGUUUGCGGAGUACGAGGUACAGCUGAAGGUCAUGACCCAGCGUCACAUGAUCGACGGCCGAUGGUGCGACGUCAAGAUUCCGCACUCCAAGGUCGGCGACUUCGAGGAUGAGGGGGUGAACAUGAACGCACUGCUGUCGAGGAAGGUGUUCAUUGGCCGUUGCACAGAAGAUAUGUCCGCCGAGGACCUGCGCAGCUACUUCGCACAGUUUGGCGAAGUCACCGACGUCUUCAUCCCCAAACCCUUCCGAGCCUUCGCCUUCGUGACGUUCCAGGACGGGGAGAUCGCGCAGAGCCUGUGCGGGGAGGACCACAUCAUCAAGGGCGCAAGCGUCCACGUCAGCAACGCGGAGCCCAAGCACUACCAGCAGCAGAUGAUGCAGAACCAGGGAAACUUCGGCCAGUCCGGCGGCCGCCAGAACCGCGGGCAACAAAGCCAGGGCUACAACCAGUUUGGGAACCAGUUCGGCAACCAGUUUGGGUACCAGAACCAGCCCAACCAGGUUGGGUUUAACCAGAUGGGGGGUAACUUUAAGGGGAACAGCCCGAACAACAUGGGAGGGAAUCAGCAGGGGAUCCCGAAUAACCUAGGUGCUCUGGCGGCAUCCAUUGGAGGGUUUCAGAUUAACCCUGCCAUGGUGGCCGCCGCGCAGGCCGCGCUCGGACAGAGCUGGGGCAUGAUGGGAAUGCUAGCCAACCAGGGUCAAGGUCAGCAGCAGCAGGGUCAAGGUCAGGGGCCGCAGCAGGGCAGCAAUCAGAAAAGCCAGAUGGGGGAUUCGUCGCAGGGGGGUUAUGGGAACCAGGGGGGUGCGAGCGGGUACACGAGCAUCGGGUGGGGAGGGGGGAGCCAGAGUGGGGAGGGGGCGAGUGGGGGGAUGGGGACUACGCAGGGGGGUACAGGGUACGGGUACCAACAGGGGGGUAUGAAGGACGGCCCGUCCGGGUGGGGGAUGUGAGUUGAGUUGUGUGGUGGGGGGUGUAGGAAGGGGUUUUGUACAGAGGGCAAUUUUCCAUUCAUGUAAAAAUCAAGGUUCUUCUAUCUGAGAGGGAGGAAAGUUGGAGGAAUGUCUUGCAUGGAAUGAAAGCUUCCUUUUUUGUUUGGUGAGGAUGAAGUCGGGAAAUUGUCACAGUUUUUUUCUUUUCGUUAAAUUGCACAUUUUUCUGCAAUGUGCUGCUCCUGCAAGUAGAAACGUAGUAAGACGUAGAAAGUCUUAUUGUACCGAGAUCAGCUCAUUUUUUUCAUGGGCAUUGUUGUGUAUGUUGCCUACAUAUUGUGUAGUCCUGGUGUCCCCCAUGUGAAAGUGGAAUGUGCUGGUGUCCCCCAUGUGAGAGUGGUAUGUUCUUGUGCUCCACACGUUGCUUUGUGUUGUCUGUUUCGUCACAAACAGUUGAACAAAUUUCUUCUGGUCACAACCUGGCCCAGGUAAGGUGCUGCCUGGUUGGUAUGUUUCCAUGGAAAUGAC